AUGACCGCUGAAAACCUGACGCAUUCCAUUGUUGGCCUAGGGAACCCGCUCCUUGACAUCGUAGUCGAUGUGACGCCUGAAUUUUUGACGAAAUAUGGUCUUAAGCUAGACAAUGCUAUCCUAGCGGAUGAGAGCCACGUGCCCAUGUUUGAAGAGCUCCAGACGCACAAACCAGUAUAUAUAGCUGGUGGUGCUACACAGAAUAGCAUCCGCGUGGCACAGUGGAUGCUCAAUAAGCACAAUACAAAGGCCACGUCUUUUUUUGGUAGCGUAGGCAAAGACACACACGGAGUUAAGCUUCAAGAAUGUGCUGAGGCGGACGGUGUCAAUGUAUCAUACCUCAAGCACGAUGAUAUUAAGACGGGUACGUGUGCCGUAUGCGUCGUUGACUCGGAGCGUUCGCUUGUGGCUGAUCUAUCGGCUGCCAAUCAUUUUCAUCACGACCACUUGGCCAAGCCGGAAAGCCAGGUUAUCAUUUCCAAGGGCGAAUUUUUCUAUUCGGCUGGCUUUCACCUAACGGUCUCACCUACAGCCGUCAUGACACUUGCUGAACAUGCUAAGACGAACAACAAGGUUUUUCUUAUUAAUCUCUCGGCCCCUUUCAUCGUCGAGUUUUUUAAUGAUUCUUUGAUGGCAGUUAUUCGCUUUGCUGAUUUUAUCUUUGGCAACGAGAGCGAGGCCAAGAUGCUUGGCAAAGUAAAAGGCUGGGGUGAGGACGUUCAGGAGAUUGCUCUCAAGACUGCGCAGCUCGAAAAGGCCAGUGGCUCACGCUGCCGCACGGUCGUUUUCACCCAGGGUGCCGAUCCUACGGUUGUCGUCCACCAGGGCAAGGUGCACACUUUUGACGUGCCUAAGAUGCCUGCCUCGUCCAUCAUUGACACAAACGGUGCCGGUGACGCUUUCGUCGGAGGAUUUAUCUCCCGUUUGGUUUUAGGCCUGCCUCUCGUGCAGUGCGUGAAGGCCGGACACUGGGCUGCUCAAGUCGUAUUGACCCGCUCAGGCUGCACGUUUCCCCAGGACUGUGGCUAUCAGGAGUAA